CCCCGAGGGGCCAGCGCCGCGGGUCUCCCGGCGCGGUCCCAGCGCCUCGCGUAACGGUGUGUUUUCCCCCGCCCUUGCACCCCCGCAGCAGUACAGUCGCCUCAAUUCCUCCAGCCAGACCAACAGCCUCAAGGAUCUGCUGCAGAGCAAGAUCGAUGACCUGGAGAGGCAGGUGCUGUCUCGGGUGAACACCCUGGAGGAGGGCAAGGGGGGCCCCAGGAACGACACCGAGGAGAGGGUCAAGAUCGAGAGCGCCCUGACUUCCCUGCACCAGCGGAUCAGCGAGCUCGAGAAAGGUCAGAAAGACAACCGCCCUGGAGACAAGUUCCAACUCACGUUCCCACUGCGGACCAACUACAUGUAUGCCAAGGUGAAGAAGAGCCUGCCUGAGAUGUAUGCCUUCACCGUUUGCAUGUGGCUCAAGUCUAGUGCGGCGCCGGGUGUGGGCACACCCUUCUCCUAUGCCGUGCCUGGCCAGGCCAAUGAACUGGUCCUUAUCGAGUGGGGCAACAACCCCAUGGAGAUCCUCAUCAAUGACAAGGUGGCCAAGCUGCCCUUCGUGAUCAACGAUGGCAAAUGGCACCACAUCUGCAUCACCUGGACCACCCGGGACGGGGUCUGGGAAGCCUACCAGGAUGGCACCCAGGGUGGCAAUGGAGAGAAUCUGGCGCCCUACCACCCCAUCAAGCCACAGGGUGUGCUGGUGCUGGGUCAGGAGCAGGACACUCUGGGCGGUGGGUUUGAUGCCACCCAAGCGUUUGUGGGCGAGCUAGCCCAUUUCAACAUCUGGGAUCGCAAGCUGACCCCCGGAGAGGUGUACAACCUGGCCACCUGCAGCACCAAGGCCCUCUCUGGCAACGUCAUUGCCUGGUCUGAGUCCCAUAUCGAGAUCUUCGGCGGAGCCACCAAGUGGACAUUCGAGGCCUGUCGCCAGAUCAACUGAGAGCUGCAGGCCAAGGCGAGCCCCUGCCCGUGCCCGCCUCCCCUGCUUGUGCGGCGAUGAUGCGUCCGUCUCUUCUCUCCCCUUUCCCCAGGAAUGAACCGAGGCCAUCGCCCCUGCACACGCACACGCACACGCACACGCACACAGCCUGGUUUUGUCCUCCUCGUGCACAAGAAGCAGCCCCAGCUCCCAUCUGCCCCUGAGGAAAGCCCACCUCUCUGUAGGAGUCCUGGACUCUCCCUUGGGCACGCCUUUUCACAGCUAAAGCAGGCGACUGCGACGUUUUGAACAGUGCAGAAGUAGGUGAGAGGAUUUGUGUGUGCGCGUCUAUGUGUGUGUCUGUGUGUGCGCGCGUGUGCGUGUGUGUGUGUGUGUGUGUGUGUGUGUGUGUGUGUGUGUGGCUGGGGGGAGGCUUUUUCUUUUAGAAGGAGGUUUCUCAUUUCCUUCCUUCUCUGUGGCUUUGGGAAAUCUCACGAUGGGUGGAAAAUCUGUGUCUGCCAACUUUGUGAGCUGCGUGCGUGCCUUGGGCUGGUGUACCUUCUUCAGCACACGCAUCUGUCUUUGUUUGCGAGCCUUUUUUCAGAGCGACCUAUCUCUCCAUACAAUCAAUGUCUUUUAGUGGUUUGUUUAAGGGCGGGGGGGCGGAAACUCUCCACAGAGCAUUUUUAUUAUAUAUUAGAAGCGAAUUCUCUCUGAAGGUUGAAGGCUGACCAUCCUGGCAUGUUACCACAUGCUCUCCUGUGGAAGGGAGAGGGCGGCUGAAGUGGGCCAGUUCUCUCCCCUUGCCCUCUGCCCUCCACCAGGGCCUGACCUACACUUCUCUUUGCAGCUGAGGGCAGCCCUGAGCUUGGGAAGCUGGCCUGCAUGCCCAGGUCAGCUGUCUCUGCUCCUCAACCUUUCUGCCUCCUUGUAUCCUUCAAGGCUGGGAGCUGUUCCUCCCUUUCAGCCUCCAGUGUUGUGCUGCUUGAGCCCAGGUGACCCUGAGAGAGGAGUGUGCCACCCAUGACCUAGGAAGCCUCUCCCUGUUUGCUUCUGGUGGUGGGAGAUCAGAGGCCUCAAGAGAGGACCUUUAGAUAAGGAAACCCACAUUCUGACCCAGCCACAGAGGGCCACUGAGACUUGAACCCAACCAGCGAUGAGAAGGUCAUCUCGGUGGGACUUUUGACAGCUAUAUUCCCCCAGCACGUCCAGGUCCGGAUGAUCUGGUUCAGACCCCUCCAAGGGGCAGGGACUGCGGAGACCUCUUACAUUACAGGCCUGGCCAGGGUGGGGACCUGAAACCCAACUCCCCCAUCUCCCAGGGCUCAAGGCCUGCCACCCCCAGCCUGUCACCAACUGGUGACACUGAGACCUGACUAGUGUCCACAGCCUUUGCCUUUUUUCUUCCCCAUAAAAAGCAUCACGGACAUUUCUUUCUAGUCUUCCCAAGGAGGAGAGAAGUGUGUGUGUGUGUGUGUGUGUGUGUGUGUGUGUGUGUGUGUGUAUGUACUGGGUGGGAGAGGAGAGACCACCCUGAAGGCUCAUGACCAGGGUAGGGUGAGCUCCCUGCUUUGUUGUAUCAUCUGGUGGUCGCACGCCCUGAGGGCACCCUGGACUCUGUCUCCAGGAGUCUAAUUAGCAAAAGGCUGACAAGUCUUUCUAGAAAUUCUACUGCACUGCCUGGCUCAUGUGCAGCUGCAGACAUUUCUUCAGGAGGAGCAGGUGUUUUUGUCUUCUGUUCCUUCCAGGGCCACCUGUCCCCUUAAACGCAGGUCCCCAUCGUGUCGAAAACCUAGUGCAUCUGUGUGUGUCUGUGUCGGUGUCUCUGUGUCAGUGUUCUCGUGGGUGUCUGCACGGUACCCAGCCGCCGUUCUGCAAUGCAUCACUCUUGCAAAGAGGGUGCAGCUCAGGCGCGGUGCUGAGCGUUGUUGUUCAACAGUGGCUUUUUCUUCGAUCAUUGUGCUUCAUCAGCGCCCGUCGGGUCGUGGCAUCCUUGGGUCUGCAGGGAUCUUCUCUGUUUGCAUGUUCCUCGGGGUGGCAUGUCCCUUGCUCCCUGGGCCCCAUGUGUGUUCCCUUGCCUGCAUGGACUGCUCCGGUUCUGUGUUGUGUGCUGAGUGCCACCCGGUGUUGUGACCACCCAUGUAGCUACCGAAAACGACUGGGUAAGCAAGCCAAGGGUGUUGGAGGAGGUCAAGAGAGAGCUCAGUUUCCCUCUCCCCCUCCCCCUCCCCAAACGCACCAAGAAGCAUUUCUAAUGUGUAGGUUGGGAACAAGCCUGAACAGUCCCCUAGCUGGGAGCCAGCGAGAGAGCUUGAAAUCACCUUCUAGACCAGAUCUAGCCCCGCCCUCCCUCCAGCCAUCUUGCAGCCGCUGUGCAGGCGAGGCCCGGGGCGGGUUGUGCUGGGUGCCCCUGCCAGCCCCGCCCACACCUAUCUACUGGACACAGGCCACCUUCUGCCCCCCUGGGCCAGGUGGGAGCUGUCCGUUCAGGACCACGAGCCAUCCUCUGCCCUGUCUCGAGGGGCAGAGCACACCCCAGUGCUUAUGCCUCUGUCCCUGCAGCCUCCCAUCUUCGCCUCUCCACUGACCCACCCACGGUGCCAGGGCCCACGCAGGCCUUUCGCUCCCUCCCACCCCUCACUGGGGUCUGAGCCAAGCCCCUCGACUCCGACACUGUGUUGACACUUGGCACUUUGCUGGCCCCAAGAAAGGUCAAUGACACAGCCGCAAAUCUAAUCCACAUAGUUCCCAUCUACUCCUAAAUCUGAUUGAUGUUCCCUCUUGCACUGAAUAAUACAUGCCUCUCUCAGGUAAGCCAUUUUAUAAAACAAGAAGAUAAAAAGCACUGUGGAGACAGUGUUUGCUUUUGCUGAGCUGGUGUCCGACAGCUCUCUGGGUGUCCGAGCUGGGAGAGCUGCUGACUGAGGCUCUCCGGGCCCUCAGGGGCUCCGAUCCCACUUGAAUCGUAAGCCUUCUUGCUUUUGAUAACACAGUAUUAUUUCUCUUACUGUAGAAGAAAAAGUUUAUUACCAAACAAGAGUAUUUUUAUGAAAGAAAAGGACAAACCUAUAAAUUAACUCAACCUAUAUCUCCCUUGAAAAUACUUUCAGGCUCCACCAAAACGUAGGACUGAAAGCAUGUAUUUUGGAAGAAAGAGAUACAUUUUGUAUGCUUUCUUUUCCUUUUGUAGAUUCCCAGUUUAUUUUCUAAGACUGCAAAGAUCACUUUGUCACCAGCCCUGGGACCUGAGACCAAGGGGGUGUCUUGUGGGCAGUGAGGGGUGAGGAGAGGCUGGCCUGAGGUUCACAGUCAUUCCGAUGAGCUUUAAAGAGGGGACCACCUGUUCUCCAAAGCGUGUUGGGGAGCGGGAAGUGAAACUGGCCAUUUAUGGCAGACCCUUUGUGUUGGAGCUGACUUAGUAAGUGGAACCAGUUGAGAAUUUGAAUAUCAGUUCCAUCUUCGAUAAAAGAAACUUGGGUUACAUAUUUUUAACAUUAAGAGGAUAGAAUCCUUUGGAAUCUUAUGGCAACCAAAAUGUGGCUUGAGAAGUCGUGGUUUCAUCUCUUAAACACAAUGUGUAAAUUUCUUCAACUAACAAUGGGAAAUGUAUCGCUUUCUGUGCACAGUGGACUUAUGUGCAAUUUGUUGAAGGGGAACAAGUCAUUGAGGAGAAAAAAAGCCCAAUACUUAGAGUCCCAAUUUUGUCUUAUUUGCCAAAAAAAAAAAAAAAAAAGCAAACCCCCUAAGGUUGAUAUUGUUAUAAUGUAUAUACUGUAUAAUAUGAAAGAGAAUCGAUGUAUCUUACUUUUUCAUUAUUUGCUAACCAAAGCUGUACAUUUUUCAUAUGAUCUGCAGCCUUUUGGGUAUCAAAUGGGUCAAAAUCAUGGGACCUGCCACCUCCCAUCAGCAAUUCUGGAAAUGCACUAUUUCUACUGGUAUUCUUGCUUUUUUUUUUUCUUUUCUUUUUCUUGCUGAAAUGACAUGAAUUGUUGAGUUUAUUUUUACACAGUAAAGAGUGAAGAAAGACUGUG